AGUAGGUCCCAGUUGGCAGCCAUUUUGUUAGUCCAUUUAGAGAGUUCGUUCGUGGUAGUCGUCAUUCUCGUGCGCGAUCUAGAAAACCGUGAGGAAGAUUCACUGAACUUCAAACCCUACGAGGUACUCUAGUAUUGCAGCAAUGUCGGAACGCGAAAAUAAUAUCUAUAAGGCGAAGCUGGCUGAACAGGCCGAGCGGUACGACGAAAUGGUCGAAGCCAUGAAGAAGGUUGCUUCUAUGGACGUGGAGCUAACGGUGGAGGAGAGAAAUCUUCUGUCGGUGGCUUACAAAAACGUCAUCGGUGCACGUCGCGCUUCCUGGCGGAUAAUCUCUUCGAUAGAGCAGAAGGAAGAGAAUAAGGCAGUGGAGGAGAAGCUGGAAAUGAUCAAGAACUACCGCUCACAGGUCGAGAAGGAACUGCGCGAUAUCUGCUCAGACAUCCUUGAGGUGCUCGAUAAGCAUCUGAUCCCGUGUGCAACGACUGGUGAAAGCAAGGUGUUUUACUACAAGAUGAAGGGCGAUUAUCACCGCUAUCUGGCCGAGUUUGCGACCGGCGGAGAUCGCAAGGAUGCUGCCGAAAACUCGCUCGUUGCGUACAAGGCUGCCAGUGAUAUCGCGAUGACUGACCUUCCACCAACGCAUCCAAUCCGGUUGGGAUUGGCAUUGAACUUCUCAGUAUUUUACUACGAAAUCCUGAACUCUCCGGAUCGUGCCUGCCGUCUAGCGAAAGCUGCAUUCGACGAUGCAAUUGCCGAACUGGAUACUCUGAGCGAAGAAAGCUACAAAGAUUCAACGCUAAUUAUGCAGUUGCUUCGAGACAACCUCACCUUAUGGACAUCCGACAUGCAGGCUGACGGAGAAGGUGAACAGAAGGAACAAAUCCAGGAUGUCGAAGACCAAGACGUGUCGUAAUUUGCGCGCGUCUCGUUUUAUGUGUGAGUUUAUUUUAUUAAUUAAAAAAGCAAGAUAAGAGAUAAGCAUUAAGAAAUAAGAAAAUAAACAUAAGAAAUAUACACAAAAACACAGACAUAGAGCAAAAAAGGGAUGGAAUAAAAGAAAAAAAAUCUUCUUGCAAAUGAUCGAUCCACUCCAGCAAAUCGAAGUGUGAAAAUAUCCAGUCCCGGUAGCAUAUAACCAACAUUUCCAGAGAAGACAGAGAGAGACUAGAACGUAAAACAGGACUAAACAUGAAAUGAAUAAUAAAGGCAGUACUCUCGAUUGCACCUAUGUAGGACCAUCAGAAUGGGAAGAGAGCGAAAAAAAUAGGAAUUCAUUGAAAAAUAAGGAGUGAAAUAAAACAUCAUUUAUUCAUAAAAUAAUACACACAUACACACGCGUGAAAAGCGAAUUAUCUCUUAAACAACAAUGCAAAUCAUGAAAGCAUACAACAACAGAAGCGCAAAGAAAUCCAACCUCUUGUAGGAUAUCACAUACCACAACACCGUGUUGGGGAGUUUCCUAUUUUAGAGACAGAGAGAGAGGAAGAGAAAGAGAGAGAGAGAGACAGACAGGUCGAGAACAGAGCGCGCAACAAAUGUAAGAAAAACUCACAGCAAAACCGAACAAGAUCGAGUAACAUCAACAACAAACUCUAAUGAUAUGUGCAGUUUAUGUAGAUUUCGAGGCUCCGGAAAGAACAUACUUAAGACACUCUCGCUACGCUCUUGUACUUCUCGUACUCCUUCUUGUCCCAGUUCCCAGUUUUAUUGCAUAGAUCACUCUUACAUUUCUGAAUUUUGUGUGCAUUUCCCUUGUGCGCGUUUAUGUACCAGCUUAAAAGCAUUAUCAUACCCGCCCGUAGUACACACAAAACAUACUUUAAGUGAAAUUAGCUACAUUCUCAUAGUAUAGAUAAAGGAAGAAAUGUUUCGUGUUUCAUCGUAGCAAAACAAACAAAUCCACGUCUGCUCCACCGUCAUCCGCUACCAACCACCACAACCACAGUCGCCUAGCUCACCAUAACACCAUCACACAACUACCGCCCGUCGUUGUCGACGUUGCCGUUUGGGGCAUUUUGUUCUGACCGACCCGACCCGCGAUCCCCUGUGCCCAUUCAUCAGUAGCCGCUUGACCCAGCAGCAAAGGUUUCUCUAUGAUGGUGUACGCAUUUGCAGAAUAGAAAAUUCAUCGGUGAAAUACAUCACUCUUACCUCGCGUCGGUGCCACAGCGUUUAACCCUAGACUAGUUAGUGCAACGUGUAAGCACUAUUGUUUGUGUCCAUAGAGUUCUCCUUCGUAGGGGAUUUGCUUCGUUUGCCACUUCGUAAUACAAUUCAAUAUUGCUGCGUGUCGCACAAUACGUGUGACAUGCUUUUUGCUGCAUUGUAAACCACCAAAAACUAACAAAGCACGCGCUCCGUUGGGUCGUCAAAAUAAGCUGCAGCUAAUGAAGUAACUUAGCAGACGGGGAAGAAACGCACAACCAUGCGCGGGAGGGUAGUGUAGAAAAGGCGAGCGGCGGGGGCGGAUGUUACAUGUGGAGUUAUUGCAGAGAGACGGACAAAAUGGAGUAGAAAGCGGCUGUUGUUCGCUACUCUACUGUCGCUUAUUAUUUUUUUAGAGCUGGGUUUGAGAACUUAAAGUAUAACUUCACGUAUUUCUUCAUUCCUACACACGAAUCCUUACAUCUAACAUGUUUAACUUUGCUUUACCCGACGCUUCUUUUACAAGCAUCACACAUACGACGGAAGGACUAUUAUGUGUAUGUAUGCAAACUCUUUGGAACAGUUCAGAGGCGUGCGUGGCAAAUUUAGUGUAACACUAAUCCAGCCUGUGACGACAUCAGGGCUUGUUAAUAAUUCUCCCAGCUUUUGAUGAUACUAAUAACAUAAUUGCGCGUAUACCUAAAUGCAGAAAGCACACCUACUAUCACAAGGAGUAAUGCGCGCGCGUUCUAAUGAGCAAAAGAAAGUUAGAGCCAAAACCAACAAGAAGGCAGAGGUGGUGAACAAACAGUAAUUGAGAAACAAAAAUCAUCAAUCAAACCCAAUUGAAUGUGUAUUGUUUUUGUCAAUAUAUAUUAAAAUAAAGAAAUAACUAUGAAAAAGAAAACCCGUAAAGAAUAUAGAAUCGAAAACGCAGCCACACACAACAUCACCCCCAAAAAAACGCAAUAAGAAACGAUGCUGGAGGAAUAAAGCUGGUUGCAAUAUGAAAUGCUAUAUUGCCGGUCUGCUGCUGUGCGUGCGUUAGGUAAAACAAAAAUGCAGACAAAACAAGGCACCACACAAGGAAAUUGACUACACUUGAGGAUAUGCAGCAAAGGUGCGUUCGGUGGUAGUUUGCCGAAGCGCAGGAAGUGUAAUUUUGAUCAGUUUAUUUAUUAUAAAUAUAUUAACUAGCCAGACGGAACAAUGUGGUGUGACAAACAUUGAUGAGCAAACCGUCUUCAUCUCAACCAGGCUAAAACGUGUGGAAAAAGGGUUGAGCGCUUUUUUCCUUUGCGAGAACGGAUGCUGUUCCAUGCUCUGGCGAAUGUGGACACGAAUUGGAGCAUCGAGAAUGCGAGCUGGGGGUGUUUUGAAGUAUUAUUUUUUUUAAAAGACACAGCAAGACACAUUUUGACUUACUGUUCAUAUUUUAGUCAUUUUCUAAAGAAACUAAUUCAUCUUGUGCGUAGUGUUUCCCCGUUACCAUUCCAUCUCAACUCUGUCUUGCGAUGAAUGGUUAUUUAUGAAAAGGACAUAGUACAGGACUAUUUGUUUUAAAAGAAGUAUUUAAACCGUUUGGUUUUCCCAGCUCGCUAACUCGAUUUUGCUCAGCAUUAGUUCAUUUUCGCAUAAUAGCAAAUUAAAAUCAAACAACACGUUCGGUACUACACACGUGACUCUCACACAUGCGCGAAAUUCCAUUAUCGACACUACUUAUCCAUCGUAAAUAUACAUUCAAACACAUACCUAGAACAAAAAGAAAAGAAUCACCAAUGUCGUCCCAAGCAAGUCCCGUGGAUAUUGUGCACGAUGUUUGGGAAAAGGAGAGGAAAACUGCAAUAAAUGUGCGUGUGUGUGUGUGAAAGUGUAUGUGCGUAUCAAUGAAAGUUGCGGGCGUACAGGUUAACCAGUUCGACACAAGUUUAACUAAAUGAUAUUCCCAUCACGCAUUAGUGGUAACAUUUCUCACUACACACAGGCUAACGCAAGGAAUACGUCUCUUGGAGUUACAGAAGCAGCUGGAGUAAACGUUGUUACUUAAAGAAAGGAUAGCAAACAUCUAAAUCCGCAAAUGAAAAGUCGAAAGUGAGACGUUAGUUAAGCGAACCUCUUAGCCCACACCCGAAUGAAUGUAGAAACAGAGAACGGUAAGCAACUACUUCAAUGGACAGGUAGAAAGGAUACAAACACGUGGAAAAACAAAGAAACAUAGUUAAAGCAAAAUGAUAUGGGGUGUGAAACAAGAAUACAGCAGCAAAAACACACACACGCAGGAAAUGAAACAAGAAAUGGAAAUAAACAAUUCUAGUAGUA